CGUUUUUUCGCCUCCUCCUUAGAAUAUGGGCGGGUAUCCCAUUAGAAAGGCAGCGCUUAUACCCCCUUCAAGUGCUUCAGUAACUAUACCCCCUUCGAGUACUUCGGUAACUAUAUCUUUUUCGAGUGCUUCAGAAACUACACCUUCGUCGAGCACUUCAACAACGCGAACUAUCCCCAACGACCUCUAUGGAUUUCAUUUCGACAGAUUCGUCGAAGAUAAGUCAAAUUUCCUACCUCAAAAUAGGCAUCGCACGAUAGAAAUAGAGGAGUCGGCAGAUGGCUCGAAAUUGAGCCUAUCGGAAAAGGAAAUUUCGGAAUCGGAGAUCUCUAGCUGGCUCCAUCAGGCCCCAAAAGGCAAUGGAAAUUCAAGAACAAGAGUUCGGCUGCUACAUUUUAGCCCUCGGGAGGACUUUCAAGCUUUCAGACCUCUACCUGUCUCAUCGGAUACCUUUGAGCAAGUGUUCGAAGCCUUUAGGUUGCCUCGGGUUUUCCUUCGAGUCCUACUCUCGAAUCUCCCCUUUGCAAUGCGGUUCACCCCAAAACACGACGGGAAAUCUGAAGGAUCAGUUGGUUUGAUUCUACGAACUGAUGCGUUUUCGUUCGCUCAAUACGGCCUCUGUCUCGUAUAUGAUCCAGCUACAGAAUGCAUCAGCGGACUGUGCAUCGGACUCCGCACCGGUGAAUACAAGCAGUUUCUUCUCUACCUGAAGGGCUCGCUACACUAUGCAACCAACUACAUGAUAUUACCCAUGGUUUUUGUAGACUUUAUGGGCCACAUGACUGCACGUUGGUUGACUUACAACCGACUUAGCCUCCUGGCCAUUGCGAACUCGAAAGAGAUAAAUGUUCGAGAGGCUCAAGACAAUCGCGGCCUUCGACCCGAUCUGAAGCUUGAUUUGGACACAGCCACCAGAAAGCUUACAUUCCUGAAUGACGAGUAUGCUAUUACUGAAUCUAUUUCAAAGACUCAGAUUCGGUUCCUUGAUCUCAUCGAGGAGAUGGUGGGUGAGCAACAGAAGGCUUCCGGGGCGGGGUCAACAGUUUGGGGUCUCCUCGGAGCAGAUGCAUUUCAAGAAGAGAUCGCCUUUCUGAGGCAAACAUUUCACUCUGCACUGCAGAAUAUUGAGAGAGACAGACAGAAUAUCCAAGGUUUAGCACAAACGACAUACUGCCUUAUUGCACAGAAAGAGAGCCGUCAGAAUUUGGUCAUCGCUAGAGCUUCCAGUAAAAUAGCGGACGAGUCGAGAAAAGUUGCUAUUUGGACUCGAAGAGAUAGCACUGAUAUGCGGAUAAUCACUGUUAUCACCAUGCUGUUCCUCCCCGGCACUUUUACUGCGACGCUUCUUGGGUCGAGCUUCUUCAACUUCAAACCAGCAGAAGACUCAAGUAUUGUCUCAGCGUGGUCAUGGCUCUAUUGGGUCAUCACAGUGAUUUUGACCGCAGCUGUAAUGGUUGGCUGGUUCUUCGUUUCUCGUGUGCAGAACAAGAAAAUGAAAAAGCAACUAGGGAACGACAAUGGAGGCACUGAACUACACAGUCUCCACGCACAUGCUAUCACAGGCUUCUGGACCUCACGCGGAGAUUCAGCAAUAUGGGAUGAGCGUCCAGUCAGAGCUGAGGAAACCGGUUCUCAUGAAUCUGUCCGUGGGUUCGAGGCACCAGAUACACAGUGCGGGGGUGGAUGCGGGGGUGGAUGCGGGACGGGAUGCGGUGGUGCAGGAUGUGGGGGAGGUUGCGGAAGCGGAAGUUGUGGUGCUUGAUGCCAGUAUUUAUCCCUUCAUCGGUUCAAAAUAUCCAUUUAAAUAAAGGCUGUGCAACUGAUUUAUUUCCUGAAGUGUUAAAUUAUCAGAUGUGUUGCUGGACAUAAGUAAUUGAGGCCGCCUAAGUUCGU